AUGGAGAAGAUCAUCCCCCAAGCCCUUUCUUCCAAGUUACUCACCCUGUAUACAAACUCCGGCCAGGAUCCAGACCCAACAGCAAAAUCGAAUACUCCUCUUUUUGAGGCUGGCCGCUUCAAAGAUCCAUCUCCUGAUGAGGUUGGUUCUUAUUUAAGGGAGAAGCUUAAGCUGUGUAUUUCCAGGGAUCGGGUUCUGAUCAUUGUUGUCUGUGCUAGUCUCGCCGAGCCUUCUGAUAGAUUACUUCUUGAUAUCCUCAGUGAUCAAAUAGGCGGGCUACCACAUGAUCUAUUCAAGUAUGUGAAUCCACAUAGAGAGCAGGGACAGAGUGUGGCGGCGUUGCCAUCUCACGACCAGGAUCAACAAGACUUCACCUUCCUCCUAAAUUACCCAACAACAACCGCCGACCACUUAGACUCUCCAACCCCAGCGCUCGACUUCGAAGACCGAAAAGUAUGCUUCCAAGGCACAGCAAGCCUGAUAUGCCCCUCGUCCAGACUAGACAAGACCCGACCCCCAACAGAACCAAUGAUAACCCUCUACAUGCCUAAUUUGUUAAUGCUCCCGCGUCUGGAAAGUCACCUCGCCGGCCCGGAGAACACCUGGCGCCUCUCCCGCCUCCUCCACUCCCCCCUCUGGAUCUACAUCGACCUCUUCCAAUCCUGCGGUGACUGGUCGGAAGUAUGGAGCGUCGCAUUGCGAGAUCUGGCGAGGCGCGAUGCACAGGCAUAUCAGGCCAGUUUGUGUCCGUCGACGUUGCAUCUGACCAGGAGGCUGCAUAGGGCGAUUUCUAAUGUCAUCACGCUGAGGGAGAAUCUGAGGUUGCAUAUCUCGUCCAUGGAGAGGUUUCUUGGCUUUGUCACCGGUGGACGGGUUGAGUGGUGUGCUGCUUCCGUGGAAGGCGACGAGGGGUAUACUGAUACUCUGGCGGAGCGUACGCGGGAAAUUUUGAUGGAUUUGGAGUAUCAUCGUGAUACCUCUGUUGUGGUUUUGGAGCAGUUCAACAGUUUGCUUAGUUUGGUUUUUAAUACUGAGACUGUGACUCAGGGACAGGCUGUCGCGAGGCUGAAUGUGCUUGCUUUUGCUUUUUUGCCCUUGUCUUUUGUCAGCGGUCUCUUUGGAAUGACCACCUGGUCGAUUUCAGCUGUAUGGUAUCCCCUGUGGGCUUUGGUUGCUUUUGUGUUGAUCACAGCAGCCGCGUAUAUUUCCGGCAAGCUCUCGUUCGACCGCUCAGAAGGCCAGACAGCUAUUCUAAACUUGCACUGGAAAAGCGAACGCAAUUCGAGCAUGAGGUCUGAGAAUGUCUCUCAUUGGAAUUCGACAGUUCCUGUGACAGUCAUUGCGAAAAAUAGCACUCAUGAUCAAAAGCCGGUACUUGUCUCGAAUCAACUGCGAUAUCGAAACUCAGUCUCUCGUCAUGCGAGAAGACUCGCGGAUCGAUUUGAAAACAUUGGGAGAUCAAGCGGUAGGGUGGAUAGCCCGCAUGUCCCUUCGAUUCAUUUGAGUGCACCGGCGAAUUUUGACAAUGUCGAAGAGAUUGAUUCUGUGUCGGAAACUACCGCUCAAGAACCAGACGUGACUUCAAAUCAGAACCCGGAAAGCAAACCCACUAUUGCAGAAAACGGUGUCUGGGAUUUAUAUGCCAGGCCUUCUAAAAAAGACCAAUAUGACCAGCUUAAUAACCCAAAGGAUCCUAAUAAGCCUUCCGACAUUGCUACGCCAGGGGACGGAUACUACCCACGGGGUCCACCCCAAGCACAGGGCUGGGGAGCAGUGAACUUUUAUCCUCCGGGGCUUUCUCAGGUGCCGACAGGGCCGCCGGAAAAGGUGAGAACUCGUUCUAAGAUGACGAGCAAGGUGCAAUUGGGGGCGAAUCUUUUUCAUAAACGGCAGUGA